UCGAUUACUGCCGGCCUUGUUUCCGCCCGAGCCAAUAACGUCUGCGCGGCGGCAUUAAAAACAAAAGUGCGCUUUUCGCAAAAAGAGUCGAGAGAAGCCGCUUUCACCUGUUUGUGUGGGACAGAAACGGUUCGUUUUGAUCGUGCAUUAAAGUAAUACGUUUCAGGAUUAACCGCCACCAGUUCUCUGUAAUGCAUCCUAUUUUAAUAGUGUGAUGGCGUCCAGUAUUUGCUGUGUUUGUCAGGGAUGCCGAGCAGCUGCCCCGAGUGUGGCUCGUCUAAUGUGGUGGAGGACGACCUGUACUCUCAGAGACAGUGGGUGUGUGUGGACUGUGGGUCAGUGGUCUCUGAGGGACAUCUGACCUCCACACUGAGCGAAGAGACCCAGGGCAGAGCCGUGCCCUAUCAUGCCUCCACAGAGACGACCAAGCAACCAUGUAGAAAUCUAAUUGCCGGCUACUCUCGUGUCCGUGCUCUGUGCCGUAUCCUCCGAAUAUCCAGCGACAUGGAGUCGGAAGUAGUGAGUCUCUUCGGGCGUGCUUACAACCACCCGAACUUCAUCAAUGUGACCUUAACCAAGAAAGAGAUCUUGGGAGGCUGUUGCGUUCUCGCCAUCUGUCGCCAGUGGAACUGGCCUAUUGCCAUGGGAACCAUUUGUUACCUGUUGGGAGUGGAAAAUACCACGUUGGGCGCUGUUUACCAAGAGUUUACAAAGGCUCUGAACAUUGAGAUCGGCGCUGUCAGCAUCAUGGACAUGCUGGAAAGCUUCUGCUAUGACUUCAAGCUGGGUCCUCAACAGGUGGAAGAGGUGUUUGCUGAGCCUCCCCAACGGCUGGUGGACAGGACGUCUGCUUUGAUUGAGCUAGCCGCUGAUGUCUGGAUAGUGACGGGCCGCCAGCCUUUGCCCGUCCUCACUGCAGCGGUGUAUCUGGCCUGGCAGUCACUGAAUCCCACGGUCCGCAUGAAAUACACCUUCAUUAAGUUCUGCAAGAUCGGACAAGCGCCUGAACAGUUGUGGCACAGGAGCAGAGAUUCGGUUGUGAAGCGGCUGAAAGAGCUGAGGGACGUGCUGUGCAAACUGGGCCGAGAGCUGCCGUGGCUGAGGGGCGGCGAGGUGGAGCCCAGCACCGUGGUCAAGCUGGUGGACGACAUCCUGAAGAACCGCAGGGCGUUGCUCGUGAGGGCUGUUAGGAACUACGAACUACAACAGCAAAACGAGACCCAGACCUCACGAACGACAGAACGUGAGCCAUCCGAUACGAAGCGCUCUGAUUUACCUUCCUCACAGACUCCUGAGCUCGUGGUUCCCGGUCAGGCCGAAUGUGAGAAUCCUCCUGAUGAAGAAGACACGGAUUAUCAACUGCCACCGGACCAUUGGAGUAAGAGGCACUUGUUUUUACCGCCCUGCGUGACGAGUCGUAAGCGACGGAGGGUCGACGCGCCACAGCCGGAAGUCACCGGAGAUGAAGACAUAUCAGACAGUGAAAUAGAAUCAUACAUUCGCUCUCAGGAUGAAAUAGAAAUCUAUCGAAAGAUGUAUCGUUCAUUUCCCAGACUCCGAACGCUCCGCACCGUUCACCUGAGGCUGAAAUGCAGACCGAUUAAAAUGUCUGGUGACAGGAGAGCUGUUGGUUUUUAAGAUCAAUUGCUGCUUUGAACGAAAAGCCCUUCUGGCGACAGGAAGUCAGUCGACGCCUCGCAUCCUGAUGUCUGAAGCGUUUACACAAG